AAAGGAAAUAAAAAAAAGUAAUUUCACCGCCCGGCCGCUGGAUGUCACUGUGGCGUGUUGUUCGAAAACAUUGUCCUUUCACUGUAAAGCAGUUGUCAGCUAACCUUUCUGUUUCUUUGAAGUCCAGGGUGCGAAAGUCCAAUUAAUGCAGGUAAGUGCCAUAAAUCUGAACAUUUAUAGUGGGAUGUACAGAAGUGUUGUUCCCUAGACGAGAGCUGCUUUGACUUUGGCCAGCAGAGGAAGCGGAGAGAAAAAGUAGAGGAAGAAGUCUACUACGCUACUUUGCCGGUUAGCUAGCAUAGGUUGCUAAUAUCCUAUGCGCCUAUUAUCGGACAAGCUUGGCUUUUGCUUGAACAUGUAAAUAUUUUGGUCUAUAAACCUAUUUUUAUCAAUGUUUUAAUGAGUCUGAUUGUAGAUAACUCUCAUUUAGGACGGGAUGACUCAAGUUAAGUGACCAUAGAGAGGGUAUCUUCUGGUGUUGCUGUCUUACUUUGUUAAAUCUAGCAGUUCUGACAUUUUACUUUCUGUUUUUCCUCCAGUGUUUGAUAAUGAAGAGCUCCAAAGAGGCCGUGCAGUCUGCUGCCAAAGAGUUUUUGCAGUUUGUCAACAGAGGGGUGUCUCCUUAUCACGGUAGAGUCCUCAAAUUGAAUUAAUUAUUUAAAGUUUCAAAGUGGUGAAGAGAACAUUAUGUCCUCAUUCAUGUGACACUGAUGAUAUACAUAAGCUAUUAGACUUACAUUUGCACACGUCAAAAUGGUGCCAUGCACGUUCAAUGGGUUCUGCACACAAACACAGGAAUUUUAAUUGUUCCUGGGUUUUGUCAUGUUACUCUAAGGGGAAAAAAAGAGGUCAGAACCAAAUCAUUUACUCACUGAUCCUUACCACACACUGGGAACAACACGUUUUGGAGUCAUACACUUUCAGAUAUCUUCACUCUUAAAAUGAAGAUUAAAAAACAUAUUAAUCAGUCUUGAAAUUUUCCAGGUCUCUGACAGUGUCACCUUUUCCCAGACAAAACCAACCAGACUAAAAACCUUUUAUUUUAAAGCUCAUGUCUGAUUAUUAAUUUGAGUUACAAUUUAAGGAACAUAGUUCUGCUUUUUAUCUAGGAUAAGAUUAACAGUCAAGCAAGGUGGCAGGUUGUGUUUGAUAAGGUCUUAAAUAAUCUGAGCUAUCUGAUAUGAAAGUUUCCAGUUGGAAAACAGAGAGAUUUUCACGUGUCAGCUGUUUCAAGCAGAAACACUGUCCAGGUUAACAGACGACUUUGAGCCUGAGAUAAGAUAGAGUCCCUGCAGAUGAAACAGAUUUUAUAAGGUCUCAUACCUUUGCACUGUGACUUCUGGCGUCCUGUGGAUGAUGGUGCAUCAUAGAGGCACAAAGCAGUGAAAAAUAUUUGAUUUGUUAUAGUGCUUUUUAACAAUUUUAAAACCAGUUUCCACAAAUGAAAAAGUUGUCUUGGAUAUUUGAAGCAGAUACAACAACUUCUACAUCUUGCACUGACAUGUUUAUAAGUAAACCUGUGGUGUGUGUUUUUACAUCCUUAUGGAUUUCUAAUAAACAUUGAGGAAUGACUCUGCGAUGGAUUCAAACUUCAUUUGCUGCUAUUGAGAGAAAUUCUUAAUUUUUUUUCUAUUUAUUUUGCCCGUUUAGUGGUUGAAGAAUGCAGGCGGCAUCUGUUGGCUGCAGGCUUCAUUGAGCUGAAGGAGCAGGAUAAAUGGAACAUUGAGCCAUCCAGGAAGGUUUGUUUUUUUAAGCUUGAAUGGUCUGAGUCUUAACUUCAGCAGUUUUUUUUUGCAGUUAUUUCAGCCACAACUGAAUAAAUCUUGCCAGAGGCUGAUUUAAUGAAGAAAUAUUUGCGCAUGCUGUUUGUUGAAUUUAAAGAUCAGAUGUAAAAUGUAUUCUCUGCUCUCCAUAGUACUUUGUGACCAGGAACUAUUCCAGCCUCAUUGCCUUCGCUGUGGGUGGACAGUACAUCCCAGGAAAUGGCUUUUCCAUGAUCGGAGCCCACACAGACAGCCCCUGCCUCAGGGUGAGGACCUGCCCACUUACACCCAUCAAUCACGGUCUACUUCUUCACUUAUCUGACAUUUCCAGAGUGCAGUCAGGGUGCAAGAAAAAAUCCUCUGCAGCCAAGCUGCCACAAAAUUUAGCAGUGAAGCAGUUUAAAUAUGUCAGGUGCAGCGCAUAGAGCUGUGUUCCUUACAAGUAUGUUUGAUUGCUUUGUUUAAAGACCACCCACUUUGAAACACAAAAUCAUUUCACAUGGUAAUGAAAGUUAUUAACGUCUGAGAGGUUUCAGCUUCCUGCAUUCUCUCUGAAAAUUCUUGAUUUUGACAAAUUUGCCAGAUUGUAAUAGUGUUUCAUUCAGUCUGCUAUUUACAAGAUUACUGAACUAUGUUCCAGGUGAAGCCGAGGUCCAAGAAGACCAAACAGGGAUGUCUGCAGGUUGGGGUGGAGUGCUACGGCGGUGGCAUCUGGAACACCUGGUUUGACCGUGACCUGACUGUUGCAGGCCGCGUAAUGGUUAAGGUAAGCAGGGUUUUUUUCUCCUGAUAGAAAUUUAUCUGUAGCCAUUGUUUGACAAAAGUUCAGUCGAAUGUUGGCAUUUAGAGGGAAUGGCAUAUGAAUGUUUCAUGAGUCACUGCUAAACCCAAGAGAGCUACAGUGAGAAAAAGAUAACAUUUUGUUAAUGAAAUUCACAUGUAAUUAUUUCAUCAGUAUAUUAUCAAGGAAGUGUGAAACAGCUGAAAUGCAGGUUCUGCUGGUGAGGUUGCAUGUUUAAGGAGAUUACAAAGUGAAAAAGUCCAUGGCAUCAUUUAGUGGUAAAAGCAGAUGUUUGCCACCUCCUUAUCUUUCUGUAUGUCUGCCUGUGUGAAUGUUUCGUCCUUCUGCAGAAUGAGGGCAGGCUGCUUCAGAAGCUCGUUCAUGUGUCCAAGCCUCUGCUCAGAAUUCCUCACCUGGCCAUCCACCUGCAGAGGGACAUCAAUGACUCCUUUGGCCCCAACAAAGAGAACCACCUGUCAGUAACAAAGAGCAGAAGUUAUACUACUAAGAUUUUUCAACUGUGAUCACACAUUGACGAUGAAACAAAUGCAAGACAACAUUUGGUUUAUGCAGUAAAGCUCUCUAAAAUAUCUUCGCUGUCACCUCAUUUUUGGUGUUUGUUUUGUACUUCAGUUUGACACUUGCAUUUCUUCUGGACUGCCCUGUCUUUUCUUUUUUUUUCAGAGUGCCCAUCAUCGCCACAGCCAUCCAAGAGGAGCUGGAAACAGGCUCUGCAUCCAGUGGAGACGCCUCCUGUGCAACUACCACGGUGAAAACAUCCCCACACAUACCCAGUGUUAUGGUAUUUUGGUGACAUAAAACAAGUGGACUCUUAAAGAAAUGAGCAACACGUGGUGCAACACAAAUCUAAAGUCUUGUCUUCUUGGUCUGUGUUUCUUUUAUCCUUCAAUAUCUCGCUGCGUCUUCCUCCCACACACCACAUGGCCCCAUAUAUCUUAGAAUAAUUUAGCGAUUUUGUGGACAUUAGAAACUAAGGGUGUAACAUCAGAUCAUGGCUGAACUUGUGUGAUGUGUACGAAAAUUAUGGCUUGUAUUCCUGAUCUUGAAACGGUUUGAGAUGGUGAAAAAAAAUCAUUAAUAUCUGCCUCACUUUCUAACAGCUUAUCUAAUAAAUACCAGAGGUGAUUAAAGCAAAGGUCGAAGAGAUGGGAAUUUAUUCAGGAUGAAAAAGUAACAAGCCUCUUCCUCCCCCAGGCAGAGAAACACCACCCAGCACUGGUGAAUGUGCUUUGUUCAGAGCUUGGCAUAAACCCUGAAGCUCUUCUGGACUUUGAGCUGUGUUUGGCUGACACUCAGCCCGGGGUGAGUCUGCAAGUAAACCAUUGACUUCCUGUCACUCGUUAUCAUCCUGUUUAACCACCUUAGGAUCAGAUCUCAGACCCCCCAUCAGAUCCUUAUCUAUUUAUGAAUAAUGCAAAGCUUGAACAGCUGGCACAGAGUUGUCCAAGUUUUUGAAAAGGGUAUCUUUUUAUGAUAUGAACAACAGAUGGAGAAUUUUACCAUUUUUUUUCACCGAAUAAUUGAGAGAAAGUGAACAACUUAAUGCAGCAGAAAAACAAAAAAUUUAAAGAGGAGUUCUAUUUUUGAUCAAUCGUCAGUGAUUUUUUCCAUCAGGAAGAUGUUCGUGAAAAUGUCUGGUAGAAGAAAAUACUACAGUAAUCUUUUUCUUCUCUCCUUUGCAGGCACUGGGAGGCGUGUAUGAAGAGUUCAUUUACUCUCCACGUCUAGAUAAUCUCCACAGCUGCUACUGCGCCCUGCAGGUCACUCUCCAUACAAGAACAACUUAUCCUUUUAUACUGCACCUCUGAGUUUAAUUUGUACUUCAGCCUGUUUUUUUUUAUUGUCUCUCAGGGUCUGGUUGAGUCAUGCUCUGGAGACUCUCUGGACAGAGACAGAAACAUCCGAAUGAUCUCUCUGUAUGACAAUGAAGAGGUGAGUGAGACUGAAACUGGACCAGUUUCUGAUGUAUAAUGAGGAUGAGUUUCUGCUCAGUCUGCUGUGUCUGGUGUCUCCCAAACAGAUGUUGUUUUUUUAACACACAACUGGUGCAAUGAUUUGUUUAAAACUCCCAGUGAUGGGUGAUCAAUGAGGUAAAAAAUGACUGGUGGGAGAAGGAGAAAACAUACAUAAAACCAUCUCUAUACCUGAAUUAUUUAUUAAUGUGCGCUACAGAAGACUACAACUUCAGUGAUACAUGAUACACAACACACUAUACAGUACUAAUAAAAAAAGAUCAAAACCAUCUGUCUGUGUAUGUGUGUGAUUUUGCAGGUGGGAUCAGAAAGCGCUCAGGGAGCUCAAUCAAACCUGACGGAGCUCAUCCUCAGCCGCCUCGCCGCCUCUCCCUCGAACCCGACUGCCUUCCAGCAGGCAGCGCCGCUUUCCUUCAUGAUCAGUGCUGACAUGGCACACGCUGCGCACCCUAACUACAUGUAAUACUACACUGCCCACUCUCAGAGAUGGCUCAGCCAUUUCAGUUUUAAUGCUAAGACAUUUAACAGCUGAUUUUUUUUUUAAAUUGCUCUCAGAGAAAAGCACGAGGAGAACCACCGCCCAGCUUUCCACAAGGUAAAGCAUCACUUAUUUGUUUAUUUAUAAAGGACGCAAAUAUUUCAGCCACUCAUCAUUAAUUAUUGUCUUUUUAGCUGCAGUUUGUUUAGAUUUGGUAGUUAACCAUGCGACUAGUCUGCUGUUCAUUAAGUAUAUUAUGUUCUCUACUAACUAUAGCCUCUCAUGACUUUACCACUUGAACUAAUUCCGUUUAUUUAUUCAGAAAAAUCUCAAAUCUGGUCAGUUUUUGCCUCAGAGGAAUCUACGUUCACACAUCUGUUUAUUUGUCAUCUAGAUUAAUGGCAUUAGGACCUGAGUCUGUGCCUUUAUGAAAAUUAUUAGCCAAUACAUUAUCAAGUUUUAGAAACACCUUGAAAGUGAAAGGAUUUCUUAAAUGAUUUUUGGUUAAAAAAAAAAAAAAAAAGAUCAUUAGUUCAUUUGUUUAAACUUGUUUUUUUUAUGUAAACCUGAGCGCUAUGAUGAAACACACUUUUAAUUGAAUGAACCACAUUUUUUCCUUUCAGGGCCCAGUGAUCAAGUUUAAUAGCAACCAGCGUUAUGCUACCACGGCUGUCACUGCCUCCAUCGUUAGAGAGGUCGCCAGCCAGGUCGGCGUGCCUCUGCAGGUACAGUGUUUGUAUCUGUUCCUGUGAUCAUAGAUGAAAUGUUUGCAGACUGAGGCUCAGCAGCUUCUCAUUACUUGGUGUUUCUUAAGUCACUCGGCAGCUAACACAGAUCUCCUAGCAACGUGGCAUGCUGCUCCAGGACAACACAGAGAAGAGGAGAAGAAUUCAUGUGUGAAAUAAAACAAAUAAUGGAUCCUAAAAGCAAUUAAAAUUUACAAAGAGGAAGACUAGAGACAAAGUUUUGUUUUCAGGGCUGAAGAAGUAAAUCAGUGCACAACAUUUACCAUGUCAUAAAAUCUGUUUAUUUUGAAUGAAAAUGUUGACCUCAGAAUCAACAUCAGUAUAACUUAUAACUGUUUGUUUUUUGUGGUUUGAAUCUCUACACUUUUUCCAUUUGAUGUGUUUGAUUUCCCAGCGUCCCUGUCAUAGACGCACUGCAGUAAGAGAGGACAUGACUUAAUAAUUGGUUUGUGAACACUGCCGUGCCUCCUAAUGGCCACUGGGUGGCAGAUAGGCAGAAAACUCCAGUAUAGAAAUGAUUUGAUCUUUGCCCUGAAGGUUUUUUUUAGUUUGAUAAUUUACCACCAGUUUGGUGUUUGACCGUUCCCUCUGCAGGAUGUGAUGGUCCGUAAUGACAGCCCAUGUGGGACCACCAUUGGACCCAUCCUGGCCGCCCGCCUCGGGAUUCCUGUGAUGGACAUUGGAGCUCCACAGCUUUCCAUGCACUCCAUCAGAGAGAUGUGCUGCACCUCCAGUGUCCUGCAGAGCACCACCCUCUUCAAGGUGACUCAGUCUUUGUAGCUUCAUCUUAAAUUCUGCUGGCAAAGAGGAAUUUUGACAGUAAAGAAAGGUUGAUCAUGCAUGACUCGGGGUCAACAAACGCUAACUAUUUUUUGUAAGAAAAUACAUAAACUGUGUAUAUUUGAAAGUCUGUAUUUUCUUUUUAUGAACCACUUUCUCUCUGCUUCCUUUGGCAGGGGUUUUUUGAGCUGUUCCCAACAGUGAGGAGCAUGCUGGUUGUCGACUAGAACCAAGAAGAAUCUUAAAUGAAGGAAACAAAGGAUGUCAUUUUGUUCAGGCAGGUGGAAGUUACACAUCCAGGAUACAGAACCUGCUCAUGCAGAGUAUGGCCACGAGGAAUGUGGGGAAUCUAAACUCAUUUUAAUAUAAAAAAUGACAGAUUCUUUUCUAUUACAAUCUGUUUUCUCAGUUGUGUGCCCUCAUAUUAAACCCCAGUGUACUCCAAUCAUAGCACUAAUCAACAGAAUACACACAGAUGUACACCAACAUUUUUCAGUAUUUCUUACGGACUGAACUUCUCUAGAAAAUAAAACGUUGAAAAGUU